AUGCCGUCUCCGGCAAACGCACAACCCAUGCAUCAACGCAAAAACGGCAAAGGCAUGUACGCUCAUCGAGGAGGCCAUGGUGGCGACAUUGAGAGUCGAGGCGGCGGCCGUAGCGCCCGUGAAACCAAUGCUGGUAUCAUGGAGCAGCAAAACAACGAACGAAUCUCGGAGCUCAGCGAACAAGUGGCCCGUCUAAAAGGAUUGACAAUUGACAUUGGCAAUGAAGUGCGAGAGCAAAACUCCUUGUUGGAUAGCAUGCAAGAUGGAUUCGUGUCAACCCAAGAUAUGCUACAGGGCUCUCUUCGGCGCAUUGGGACAAUGCUAGAAUCUGGAGGGGCGAAGCACAUGUUGAUGAUGGUGGGCUUCUCCGUGUUUGUCAUGUGCUUUUUGUGGUGGCUCAUGGGUCACAGAGGACAACACGGUGUGUAG